CCCUCCCUUGCACAUACUGGAUUGUAGCCAUUCUUUCUACAGCAGUCAGGUUGAGAUUUUGGCGCGUCCCUCACAGAGCUUGCCGACAAGUCGUCCCCAGUUGCCACGUUACACAACGAACAUCGACAACCGCGGCAUGCCUCCCUCGGAUCUUCCACUCGAAAUACAAGAACAGGUUCUGGACCACCUGCACGAUGACCCUUCCGCGCUGGAGGCGUGUAGCCUGGUCUGCUCCGCUUGGCUCCCGACGGCGCGUCUGCACCUCUUCAGGACAGUCAAAUUAAGGACAGUGCGAGACUGUCUGCGCUUCCUCGCCGUUCUCGAAUCGACCUCAGGCGUACCCGGCGAUAUGGGCGCAGCCACGCUCGUCCGGGAACUGCACUUGCCGAUGAUGAGUUUCCGGCGGAGAUGUACGGGCAGACAGAAAGGGCAGCGUUGCGACUUGCUAUGCCAGAUUCUGCGCCGUGUCCCCAACAUUGACACUCUGGUUAUCGGUCACUUUGAGUUGCAGAGCUUCCUGGAUCUGGCCAGUCCGAAGGGCACCAACACCGACGCCGAUCUUCGCGGCGUCUUGACGUCCGUCUUUGCGUUCCCUCGCCUCAAGACGUUGGUCCUGCAGCAGUUUGCGGUCCGUACCGUCAGGGCGGUCUUGCAGCUUGUCUCUGCAUUUCCCUCCUUGGCUAUUUUGUGGAUCUCUGAUAUCUACAUCUCGAGCCCACACGACGUUCGCCUGGAUACCACCCAAAGUACCGAUAUCUGCAGACGUAUCCAAGAACUGCGCUUGGGACAAUGGGUAGACGAUCACCUUUCAUUGCAAGCGUUAAUGGGGAUGUUGCUAGCGGCACCCUACGAGCUACAGCUCCGAAAGUUGCAGUGGAUACCCAACCUCUGGCCUGCGGACUUUCAAGUUGGUGAGCCAGCGUUGCACGAGAUCUUUGACAGAUCUGGACGAACUCUGGAGACGCUAGAGCUUGAAGUUGAUCGCGCUGCACAACGUAAGAGGUCAGACAGAACAUUGCAUAUCUCGUUGAGCUGAGCAGGUCAUGCAGGCAUAGAAUGGCUGAUGGGCCAGGGCCUGUCUCAUCACCGGUCCCUCAAGAUCCUUACCCUGGCAUUUGAUCUCUUGCAUAGUAAUCAAAGGGACCAGUCGAUCAUCCCUCUAUUCAUCUCGAGCCUUGAUUCGAGCAGCCUGCGGGAAUUGAAGUUACACUUCGAUGUCUGGCAUGAACGCGACUCUCAGACCGCUUUUGACUGGGUGGAGCUGU